AUGGUGUCAACUCAUUUUGGAUACGACCCUGUUAGAGACAAGUUCAAGGUUCUUCGCAUGUUAAGGUACUAUGGUUAUUAUGUGUUAAAGGUUUUUACUAUUGGUGUUGAUUCUUCGUGGAGGGAUAUUGCUCCUGAAAAACAUGUGAAGGAACUUUUGUCCCGUUAUUAUUGUGUUAAGAGAGGCCUAUGCGUGAACGGUGUUAUAUACUGGAUAUAUUCGUAUGUGUUUCUCAUGCUUUUCGAUGUGGGGACUGAACAGUUAAGGGUGAUUGAUCUUGCUCCUUCUGCUGGAUAUCCCUACUUGAGCGAAGUUCCUUUUCAUUACCCAGAUUUGGUUGAAAUCGAUUGUUGUUUGUGUGUAUUUAAAUACAAAGACAGCGGUAUGAAGUUGUGGAUUUUGAGGGACAAUGAGGCUCAGGUGUGGGAAGAAAAAAGUUUUGUGAUUCCUUCUGCGGUUGUGUCUCCACGUGACUUUGUUUUUCCACUUUGUGAUGUCCCCACUGGUGAGAUCCUACUUAUGCCAUAUUUUCUCUCUAGAAUUGUUGGAGGAGUUUACUAUGACAUGGACACCAUGAAGUUUAGGAGCGUUGUGCUCAUGGAAAUGCCCUUGACAUGGAUGCAAAGACUUGGAGAGGUUGAUAUUGUUUUCUGUCAAGAAAGCUUUAGGUUAUUAAAGUAG